AUGAUGCAGGACACGAUGCGGUAUUUCGCCCUCGACUCCAUCGCCCAGUUCUGCGAGGGGAUCGAGGCCUACUGCCCGGAGGCCGUGGAGGUGAUAGGCCUGCACGGCGUCACCAGCACGUUCGGCCCGUCGCCUUCGGGCGGGGAGGCGGCCAUGGCGGCCCCGAGGCUGCUCCACCAGGCGGCGGUGUCGGUGGGCGAGGUGCGGGGCGCCCAGCAGAGGUUGGGCGGCGGUGGCGCCGAGGGCGCGGAGGUCGGGCGGGAGCCGUGCGAGGGCCUGUUCAGCGUGGAGCUCCGCGCGUCCGAGGACAAGCAGAGGUUCGCUUACUCCACGGAGCCGUCGGGGGCCGUGGACGUGAGCCUGGAGGUGCUGGACAUGGGCCUGCAGGCCCUUUGCGACGUGCCGCAGCUGGAGUCCUCCAUCGUGCCGCAGCUCUUCCGCACGGUGGUGCACAAGCAGGUGCUCGGCUGCGUCGACGCGACGGAGGACUGGGUCCAAGCGCGCAGGGAGAGGCUGGCCGCCUCGCUGCGCCGCGCCCUGCCCUCCCUGGACACCUACCUGGGCCUCUUCGGCUCCUACGAGGAGCUGCUGCGCCUGGACCCCAAAGAGUACGUCGACGGAAAGGCGGCCGAGGAGCCCAACAUCGAGGAGCUCAAGGUUCUCAUCUUGGACCACCUCGCCAAGGAGCAGGAGGUCCUGGAGGCCAUACCAGAGACCGCUGUGGUGGGGCUGUUCGAGGUGUCGAUGACCGAGAUUCGAAAGUCGCUCGCUAACCGGCACAAGAAGAUUGUCGAGCUCCUCCUUGACCAUUUGCUGGCGCGGUUUCGCGAUGGCGCGCAGGAGAUCGCCGACCUUUACACGGGCAUCUUCGCGCAGCUGCGAAAGAAGCCGAAGACCAUUGAGGAGGUUUCAGAACUGCGCGACUUCAUGGCCAGUGUCCCCAACGAAAUUGCCAAAACGUUGCCAGACAUGAGCAAAGUCUCUACAAUGUUCACCACGUUGGAGUCUUUCCAUGUGCGUAUGACGGCUGACGACUCUUUCCAGCGAUGGCGCGUGUUCGAGUGCCCGAAAAAGUGUUAUGCGUUGAUGGAUCAAGUCACAGAGGAGAUCAAGGCUUUGGAACAGUCAUUCGACGACGACAUGCAGCAAGAGCAGAGCGAUUUCUCUGAGAUGCUCAUUGACCUGGCUGGCACGAUCGAGAAUUUCGCACAGUAUUCCGACGUCGGCAAAGUCGGUGAGAUCUUCGGAUUCGUCGAGAGCGUCAACGAGAGGCUCAGGAAAGCGAACGAGGAGGCGAAGAAGUUUAACUCGCGGGAGGCCCUCUUCGGCAAGCCAACCACUGAUUAUUCGCAACUCAACAUGCUCCAGAAGGAGUGGGACCCUUUCUCGCAGCUAUGGACUGUGACGUACCACUGGCUGCAAGAUUCAGAGAAGUGGUUCAACGGCGGCUUCGGCGAUAUCGAUUCGAAGCAUGCCGAGAACAGCAUCCAGAAUGGCCAGAAAUCAUUAUUCAAGACAGUGAAAGCUUUUGAGAAGCGUGACGAUGCUGGCAAGGUACUCGCCAUUGCAAAAGACAUCAAGCAGCAGAUUGACGACUUCGCACCGAACGUGCCGAUCAUUGUAGGCAUGCGCAACCCAGGCAUGCGGGAGAGACACUGGACGCAGGUGAGCCAGUUGAUCGGAAACGAGGUCUCACCCGACAUGGAGGACUUCACUCUCAAGCACCUCCUCGAGCUUGGCUGCCUCAAGCGUGCCGCCGAAAUCAAUGAACUCGGAGACCGGAGCGGCAAGGAGCUGUCCAUCGAGAGGCAGCUCGCAGAAAUGAAGAAGGCCUGGGAAGCAAUGGUGUUCGAUUGCAAAGAGCCAUACCGCACCACAGAGACCUACAUCCUCAAAGGCGCGGACGAGGUCAUGGCUCUGUUGGACGAGCAGGUCGUGGUUACACAAGCGAUGCAGUUCUCGCCGUUCAACAAGCCUUUCAAAGAUGACAUCGACGAGUGGGCGGCGAAGUUGUUGUACGUAUCCGAGUGCCUGGACGCGUGGCUGAAGGUGCAGAGAGCCUGGAUGUAUUUGCAACCAAUCUUCGACUCCCCCGACAUCAUGAAGCAGCUUCCCACGGAGGGAAAGAAGUUCAAGUUGGUGGAUGGGAAAUGGCGGCAAGUCAUGCAGCGCACUCACAACAAUCCCCAGGCGCUUGCGGCCUGUUCUGCCGAGGGCCUCCUCGAGACGUGGAACGGCGCGAACAAAGACUUGGACAUGGUGCAGAAAGGGCUCGACGACUAUCUGGAGACUAAGCGCGGAGCCUUCGCCCGCUUCUAUUUCCUCUCGAACGACGAGCUCCUCGAGAUCUUGUCGCAGACCAAGGACCCGUUGCGGGUGCAGCCGUUCCUGAGCAAAGUCUUCGAGGCCAUGAAAAAGCUCACCUUCACCGCAGAGCUGGCGGCCACCCAGAUGCAUUCCAGCGAGGGCGAGGUCGUCGACUUGGUGAGGCCAGUGGUCACCCAGAACAAGAACGUGGAGGUGUGGAUGACGGACGUGGAAAACCAGAUGAUUGCCGCCGUCCGCAACGUGAUGAAGGUUGGCAUCGAGACCUACAUUGACAUGAAGCGAGCGGAAUGGGUGCUGUCCAACCCUGGCCAGGUCGUCCUGAAUGCGAGCCAAGUGCAUUGGACAGCGGAAGUGGAAGGUGCGAUCAAGGAUCACACCGUCGCUGAGUAUGCUGCCAAUCUCCAGGAACAGCUGAUGGAGCUCGUGUACCUCGUUCGCGGGAACAUCACCAAACUUCAGCGAAUGAGCAUUGGGGCGCUUGUGGUUAUCGACGUCCACGCAAAGGAUACAGUUGAAAAGUUGGCCAAGGCCGACAUCACCGACCCUAUGUCCUUCGAGUGGAUCUCCCAGCUGCGGUACUACUGGGAGAAGGACGACCGCAACGAGGAGAACUGCUGGGUCAGGAUGGUGCAGACCCCGUUCCCUUACGGGUACGAGUACUUAGGGAACUCGUUCCGGCUCGUGAUUACGCCCCUGACAGACAUGUGUUACAUGACUCUAAUGGGCGCCCAGAGCCUGAACCUCGGCGGUGCGCCCGCCGGCCCGGCGGGCACGGGCAAGACGGAGACCACGAAGGACCUGGCGAAGGCCCUCGCGAAGCAGUGCGUGGUCUUCAACUGCUCCCCCGAGAUGGACUACAUCAUGGUCGGCAAAUUCUUCAAGGGGCUCGCCUCCAGCGGCGCAUGGUGCUGCUUCGACGAGUUCAACCGCAUCUAUAUUGAGGUGCUCAGCGUCAUCGCCCAGCAGCUGCUGCAGCUCUUCACCGCGAAGUCCGAGAUCGCGUCCUACAACGAGCACACGCAGCUGGAGUUCGACGGCACCAUGAUCAUCAUGAAGCCGACGUUUAACGUCUUCAUUACCAUGAACCCCGGCUACGCUGGGCGGAGCGAGCUGCCAGACAACCUCGCGGCCCUCUUCCGGCCCAUGGCCAUGAUGGUGCCAGACUAUUCGAUGAUCGGCGAGAUUAGCUUCUAUUCGUUCGGGUUCGAGAACGGAAGGCACCUGGCGAAGAAGAUGGUGACCACGUUCCAGCUCUGCAGCGAGCAGCUCUCCGCGCAGUGCCACUACGACUACGGCAUGCGCGCCGUGAAGACGGUGAUCGAGGCCGCGGGGCUGAACAAGCGCAAGUACCCCGACCAGAGCGAGUCCCAGAUCCUGCUCAGGGCGCUGCGCGACGUCAACGUGCCGAAGUUCCUGAAGGACGACCUGCCCCUCUUCGAGAACAUCAUCUCGGACCUCUUCCCCGGCGUGGAGCGCCCGCAGAUGGAUUACGGCCGCCUCGAGGAGGAGUGCAAGACGCAGUCCGAGCAGCAGAACCUGCAGCCCACCGACUACUUCAUCAAGAAGCAGUUCGAGCUGUUCGACAUGAUCCAGGUGCGGCACGGCAUGAUGCUCGUGGGCCCCACCGGUGGCGGGAAGACGUGCUGCUACCGCACCCUGCAGAGGGCCUGCACCGCCCUGGUGACCGAGGACAAGUCGAGCCCUUACCAGAAGGUGCACGUCCACUGCCUGAACCCCAAGGCGAUCACGCAGAACCAGCUCUACGGUUCCUUCGACGAGAUAACUCGCGAGUGGUCCGACGGGAUAGCGGCCGAGGAGAUCCGCAACGCGCAGAGGGAUCAGGCGAAUCCCGACCACCAUUGGGUCAUGUUCGACGGUCCGGUUGACGCGCUCUGGAUCGAGAGUAUGAACACGGUGCUGGACGAUAACAAGAAGUUGUGCCUUGUGAGCGGCGAAAUCAUCGCGCUGAGUGCUCAGAUGCGGAUGCAGUUCGAGGUGGAGGAUCUCGAAGUUGCCUCCCCAGCCACGGUGUCCCGCUGCGGAAUGAUCUACAUGGAGCCACAGAGUCUGGGCGACCAGGUGUUCAUCGACUCCUGGCUGAAAAGCCUGCCCGACACAUUUUCCUUUCAGCCAAAGAUCAAGAAGCAGCUGGAGAAGCUCUGUAACGAGAUCAUAUCGCCCACGGUGCAAUUCGUCCGCAAGAAGCUGAAGGAGUGCGUGCAGACACAGGACAAUAACCUCAUCCAAUCGCUGUUCCGCUUGCUGGACUGCUACUUCGCGAAGUACCAUCCCACCGAGCUGAGGCCCAAGCUCGCUUUCAAGGAGGAGAUCGCGGAGCUGGUGCCCAAGAUAACUCCCCUGUUCAUAUUCAGCUGCAUCUGGUCCCUGGGCGCGACGUGCGACUCGAACAGCCGCCGGAUGUUUUCGGAGUGGGUGUGGGCCUUCUUGGACAAGGAGUGCCACGACGCGCUCGAGGGCAGGCUCGCCGGGUCGCACCUGGCGAUGCCGCCCGUGCAGGAGGACACCGUGCUGGCAGGCGUGGAUGUCAGGAGCAACCUCUUCGACUACUUCUACGAUGCCGACCAGCAGACGUGGGUUCCCUGGAUGCAGACGAUCCCAGCGUACGAGGUGCCCCGCUCGGCCCGCUACGAGGAGAUUGUUGUCCCCUCGAUCGACUCCGUUCGGCUGGUGUAUGCAUUCCAGCUGCUGGUCCGCAAUGACAAGCACGUGCUCUGCCCGGGCCCCACGGGCACGGGGAAGAGCGUGAACAUCACCCUGUGGCUUCAGAAGCAGGCCCCGGAGAACUUCCAGGCGAUCUUCGUGAACUUCUCCGCCCAGACGCACGUGAACCAGUUCCAGGACCUCAUCGACUCCAAGCUGGAGAAGCGCCGCAGGGACGUGUUUGGGCCGCCCGCGGGGAAGAAGAUGGUGCUCUUCGUGGACGACCUGAACAUGCCGCAGAAGGAGUACUACGGGGCCCAGCCGCCCAUCGAGCUGCUGAGGCAGUGGCACGACCACAAGGGGUGGUACAACCGGAAGGAGCUGAAGAAGUUCGAGAUCACAGACUUCAUCAUGGUGUCCGGCAUGGGGCCACCGGGGGGCGGCAGGACGUUCAUCACGGAGCGCCUCAAGAGGCAUUACAGCUUGUUGGCUUAUGACGAGUUCCAGGACGAGUCGAUCACGCAGAUAUUCCAGACGAUCUCUUCAUACUUCUUCCAGAACUUCAGCGAGUCGGUCCAAAACUUGAUCCCAACUUUGAUCUCGGGCACGGUGAGCAUCUUCAAGGAUGCCCUCUCAGAGUUGCUGCCGACGCCAGCGAAAUGCCACUACCUGUUCAACCUGCGCGACAUUUGGAGAGUCUUCCUGGGCUUGUGCACGCUUAGCGCUAAAAAGUCGAAUGACCCGCAAAUUGUGGUCCGAUGCUGGUGCCACGAAAUUCAACGGGUCUUCGGUGACAGGCUUACCGACAGGCAGGACUUAUCGUGGAUGAAGAAGCAGUUGGACAGCAACCUCACUGAAAAAUUCCAGAUGGAGCCAGCGAGUAUAUUUGUAAACGAGAGGUUGGUGUUCGCCUCUUUCAUGUCCGGAACUGACGCGGAUAGUAGGGUAUACGAGGAAGUGUCUGACGUGAGCGCUCUGAAAGAGACGAUCGAGGAGUCGCUGGAAGAUUACAACCAGGUCAACAGCAUUACAAUGCCUCUAGUAAUGUUCCUGGAUGCGUGUGAGCAUGUCUCACGUGUUGCGCGUGUGCUCACCCAGCCGUCCGGUAACGUCCUGCUGCUCGGUGUCGGUGGUAGCGGUCGCCAGAGCUUGACAAGGCUCUCCUCGCACAUAUGCGAGAACGAGUGCUUUCAGAUAGAGGUCGCGAAAGGUUAUGGCAUGAACGAGUUCAAGGAUGACGUGAAGAGAUGCUUGAUGAAGUGCGGUGUCGAUGACAAGGUUCAGAACUUCCUGUUCUGUGACACCCAGAUCGUGAAGGAGGACUUCGUGGAGGCCAUCAACAACAUUCUGAACAGCGGGGAUGUCCCCAACCUGUACGCAGUCGAGGACAUGGAGUCCAUCGCAACCGCGUGCCGCGCGCUGUGCCAGUCCAUGGGCAUGCAGCCCACCAAGGCCAACCUCUUCAGCGCCUACCUGUCCCGCGUGAAGAAGAACGUUCACGUGGUGCUGGCGUUUUCACCGGUCGGCGACGGGUUCCGCAAUCGGCUGCGCAUGUUCCCCUCGCUCGUCAACUGCUGCACGAUCGACUGGUUCCACGAGUGGCCCGCCGAGGCGCUCUACUCAGUGGCCAAGCAGCAGAUGACCACCGCCGGCGUGGAGCUGCCCAACUUUGAGGGCUCACUGACACUGUUCCAGAACAUGCAUCUGAGCGCCGACUCCGCCUCUGCCCAGUUUCUGAGGUCCCACAAGCGCAACGUGUACGUCACGCCAACCUCUUACCUGGAGCUGCUCAGCAGUUACAUCAACGUGCUGGCCACCAAGCGGAAAGAGGUUGGCACGUCGCAGCACCGCUACAAGACGGGCCUCCAGAAAAUCGGCGACGCCGAGGAGCAGGUUGCCGGUCUGCAGCAGAUGUUGACGGAGAAAAAGCCGGUGCUCGAGCAGACGCAGAAGGACGUUGCUGAGAUGAUGGAGGUUAUCAAGGUGGACAAGGCCGAGGCGGAAGAGGUCAGCAAAGCCGUUGCGAAGGAAGAAGAGGAGGCGCAGAUAAAGGCAGAGAAGACGCAGGCGAUCAAGGACGACGCGCAGCGUGACCUGGACGAGGCGCUGCCAGCGCUGGAGGUAGCCACACAGUGCCUCAAGAAGCUCAAGGUCGAACACAUCCGCGAGGUGAAGAACUUGCAGAAGCCGCCAGCAGGCGUGGUCCUUGCCUGCGAGGCUGUUUGUAUUAUGUUCAAUUUGAAGCCAGUCAAGAAAAACGACCCGAACACACCGGGUAAGAAGAUUGACGACUGGUGGGAGACGUCUCAGAAGGAGGUGCUCACGGACGCAAAGAAGCUCCUGGACAGCCUGAUGAACUUCGACAAGGACAACAUCCCCGAUAAGGUCAUCGCGUCUGUCACCCCCUACAUGGAGCGAGAGGAUUUCGACCCCGCGAUGAUCAAGAAGGCGUCGGUGGCCUGCGAGGCCAUCUGCCUCUGGGUCAGGGCCAUGUACAAGUACCACUUCGUCGCGAAGGCCGUGGAGCCCAAGCGGCAGGAGCUGCGGCAGGCGGAGGCGGACCUGGAGGAGUGCAUGCAGAAGCUUGCCUCGGCACAGGCCCAGGUUCGGGAGCUGCAGGCGAAGAUCGAGCGGCUCGAGAACGAGUUCAACGCUGCGGUCUCCAAGCAGGAGGGCCUGCAGGCCGACAUGACCCUCUGCGAGGUGAAGCUCGAGCGGGCGCACAAGCUGAUCGGCGGCCUGGGCGGCGAGAAGGCCCGCUGGGGCGAGAUCGUCGAGCACCUGACGGCGCAGCUGUCCGUGCUGCCGGGCGACUGCCUCAUCGCCGCGGGCAUGGUGUCCUACGCUGGGCCUUUCACGUCGGAGGUCCGCGGGGAGUUCGAGAAGAACUGGAUCGCCGAGCUGGACAAGGUGCAGAUCUCGCACAACCCAGAGUGCUCCAUGCGCAGCGUGCUGGGUGAGCCCGUCAAGAUCCAGCAGUGGGUCGUGGCUGCGCUUCCCAACGACGCCCUGUCCAUCGAAAACGGCAUCAUCAUCGACCGCUCGAGGCGGUGGCCGCUGAUGAUCGACCCGCAGCGACAGGCGAACAAGUACAUCAAGAACAUGGGCAGGGAGGUUGAGACGGGGUGUGACGUCUGCAAGAUGAGCGACGCGAAUUUCCUCAGGACUCUGGAGUUGGGCAUCCAGUUUGGGAAGUGGAUCCUCUUGGAGAACAUAGGCAUCAACCUGGACCCCGCACUCGAGCCCGUCCUGCAGCAGCAGAAGGUGAAGGACGGGUCGGGCUUCGUGAUCAAGUUGGGAGACAAGUCCGUCACGUACGCCGACACGUUCAAAUUCUUCAUGACGACCACCCUGCCAAACCCGCACUACUCGCCAGAGGUUUCUGUCAAGGUCACGCUGCUCAAUUUCGCCAUCACGCCGGUUGGACUGGAGGACCAGAUGCUGGGCAUCGUGGUUGCCAAGGAGAGGCCAGACCUGGAGGAGCAGAAGAACCAGCUCGUGGUGCAGAACGCGAAGAUGAACAAGCAGCUGAAAGAGAUCGAGGAUGAGAUCCUGCACCUGCUCUCGACCAGCGAGGGCGACGUGCUCGAGGACGACACCCUCGUGGACAAGGUCACGGCAUCGAAGCAGGUCUCCCUGGACAUCGCCGAGAAGCAGCAGGUGGCCCGCGAGACGGAGAAGGACAUCGACGUGGCCCGCGAGUCCUACAGGCCGGUGGCCUACCGCACGUCCGUGCUGUUCUUCUGCAUCGUGCAGCUCACGAACAUCGACCCCAUGUACCAGUACAGCCUGCAGUGGUUCCAGCAGCUCUUCGCCAACGCCGUGGAGCAGUCGCCAAAGUCGGACGAGUUCGACGAGCGGCUGAGCAUCCUCACCAACUACUUCACGGAGGCGCUGUACCAGAACAUCUGCCGGGGGCUCUUCGAGAAGGACAAGACGCUGUUCUCCUUCGCCCUGUGCAUCCGCAUCAUGAUGGGCGACAACAUGGUGAACGCGGAGGAGCUGAGGUACCUCCUCGUGGGGCCCACCAGCGACCUUGCCGAGGGUGGCCCGAAGGUGCCCGCGGAUUGGGUGGGCAAGCAGCGCUGGAACGAGCUCCUGACACUGUCACAGCUCCCGGCGUUCAGGGGGUUCAGCGACUACUUCGAGUACGACUUGGCCAAGUUCAAGUGCAUCUACGACUCCGUCGAGGCCGAGAAGGAGGAGCUCCCCGGGGAGUGGGAGCAGAGGCUCUCCCCGCUGGAGAAGCUCUGCUUCAUCCGCGCCUUCCGCGUGGACUGCCUCAAGAGCGCGGUCAUCUCCUUCAUCACCCGCGAGAUCGGCGAGAAGUUCGUGGAGCCGCCCACCUUCGACAUCGCCAAGUCCUUUGCCGACUCGGUGAACACCACCCCGCUCAUCUUCAUCCUGUCGCCGGGCACCGACCCGGUGGCCGACGUGCUCCGUUUCGCGGACAAGAUGGGCAUGGCCAAGCGCUUUGAGUCGAUCUCGCUCGGCCAGGGCCAGGGGCCCAAGGCGACGAAGCUCAUCGAGUCCGCGCAGAACAUGGGCGGGUGGGUCCUCUUGUCCAACUGCCACCUCAUGGAGUCGUGGAUGUCUUCGCUGGAAGCCCUCGUGGAGCAGCUGAACCCCGAGAACAUGUCGAACAACUUCCGGCUGUGGCUGACGUCCAUGCCCGCCAAGUCUUUCCCCGUGCAGGUUCUGCAGAACGGCGUCAAGAUGACGAACGAGCCUCCCUCUGGGCUGCGGGCGAAUCUGCUGCGCUCCUACUCCCUGGUCACGGACAAGUUGUUCGAGGAGUCGGAGAAGCCAGAGGUUUUCAAGCCAAUGCUCUUCGGUUUCUGUUUCUUCCACGCCGUCGUGCAGGACCGCAGGAAGUUCGGGCCCAUCGGCUGGAACAUUCCGUACGGCUUCACGCCAGAGGACUUGGCCGUGUGCCGCCAGCAGCUUAUGCUCUUCAUCAAUCAGUACGAGGAAGUUCCUUACAAGGUCCUUAACUUCCUCGGCGCCAGCAUCAACUACGGUGGGCGCGUCACAGACGACAAGGACAAGUUGCUUAUAUCCACCAUCCUGCAGACCUUCAUUUGCCCCGAGGCAGUCCAGCAGAAAGAGGAGUAUAAGUACUCGACCAGCGGGUACUACUACGCCCCGCAGGCUGACACCGUGGAGCAGUUUGUGGAGUACAUCCGUGGCUUGCCGCUGUUCCCGAUGCCGGAGGCGUUCGGUCUGCACGACAAUUGCAACAUCACGUGUGCACAGGACGAGGCUCUGAAGUUGCUCGUCGGAAUGACCAGCAUGGUCUCUGCGGGGGGAUCGGGUGAAGGGGGCAAGUCCGCGGACGACGUGAUGGACGAGACGGCCGCUGGAAUUCAGGAACGCAUGCCUAACCCGUUCCCGUUGGACCUGUGCGAGGUGCGGUUCCCGACUAGAUACGAUGAGUCAAUGAACACAGUGGUGAAGCAGGAGUGCCUGCGGUACAACAAGCUGCUCUGGGAGAUGGACGCAUCUUUGAAGGCUUUCCGCAAGGCUAUCAAGGGAUUGAUCGUCAUGACUUUCGAUCUCGAGCAGGUGGGCAAAUCGAUGUUUGUGAACGAGGUCCCUGAGCUGUGGUCGAAGAAGGGUCCCCUGUCCUUGAAGCCGCUGAGCAGCUGGUACCUAGACAUCAUUGCACGCUGCGGCUUCUUCCAGAUGUGGUACGAUCUCGGCAAGACGCCUCCGUGCCAUUGGAUUAGCGGUAUCUUCUUCCCGCAGGCUUUCUUCACGGGGGCUAUGCAGAAUUACGCUCGCAAGUAUGGGGAAGAGAUCGACCUUUUAUCGUACAGCCAGAAAACUUUGGACGAUAUCGUGGAGCCGAAGCAUGAGCUCAAGGAGGCUCCCGAGGACGGCGUCUACAUAUACGGCUUGUUCCUCGAGGGGUGCCGCUGGGACCGAUCGUCCCACCAGCUGGAGGACUCUAAGCCCAAGGAGCUGUUCACCGAGAUUCCCGCCCUGUGGUUCCUGCCGGUCAAGAACCGGGUCCCCAACCCGCUGGACUACCGCUGUCCGACGUACAAGGUGCUGUCUCGCAAGGGCGUGCUCCUCACGACGGGCCACAGUACGAACUUUGUGCUUUACUUGGAGCUGCCCACAGACCAGCCCGUGAGCAAGUGGAUCAAAGCGGGUGUGGCAGCCUUCUUGGCCCUCAAACACUGA